AUGGCUACCGUCGCGGCGAGCUUUCUCCUCCUGUCUGCAGGCAAGGCUCUUGUCUCAAGUGGAAUAUCCUGGGUCAUCUCCGAGACAGGAAGCUGGGCAGCUGGCCGGUUUCUCGACCAUCUGACUUCAGAUCCUAAUGCCAAAGUCACCAGAGCCGACAUCUACGGAGUCGUGCGAGAGAUGCAAAUAAUCCAGUCAUCUAUAGAUGAUCUCGCCGACACCCUCUCCAAUGGAAUCAUAUCGAUACGACUUGAUACGUUGAACCAGCCAAUGGCUCAGAUUCAGGCUCACUACAAGACUGUCGCAGAUAUCUUAGAUACUGCUUAUGACAUCUCUGAGCGAAACCUCACCGAGUCAGAAAAUGAGCGUCUAAUAGGCAGCCUGCAAGAGCGGCUCGACGACAGACUCCAGGCGUGUGCCGAUAACAUCCCUGGAUGGCUCACCCAGAUUCACAAUUUCUUGAAUGCCAAUGGUCAGAGAGCCUUUAUGCGUCAGCUCUCCGAGCAAGCCUGGAACGAGUCCCCUGACCUGGUGGCCUACUAUAGUAGAUCAAAGACAGUUGUACUUGACUAUUGGAUCACCGUCUCUAAGGGCAUCGACCUUCUUCAAAUUGCUCAUGGAGCACAGAAUGUCAGAUUCGAUGAAGGGCAACGUGCCAUCGAUCGACAUAUCCGCCAAAUACUUGACCAGGAACGCAACUUUAUCCGAUUCAUCGGAAACGAAACCAUUAGACUCGCUGAGACGAUCUUGCUCGAUCCUGCCAGCCCUCACCCGUUCUUUUGGGAGACUAACCAGGAUACCUAUGCUGCUGCUGAGGAUGUCGGUGCUACCCAAACCCGUAUCAGUGUGAACAGACGUACUCCUGUUGAAUGGCGAAUGGACCCCUGGCCCCCUAUCAACCUCGAGAACUUUGACCCUCUUAGAGGUUACCCCGUUGCUAUCAACCAGGUUGGACAGCGUGGUAUUGUGUGCCCGGGUGGACGGCAUGGUUUGGCUCUUGAACCUUUCGCACGACCUACUUGCACUUGGUCCAUCAAGCCACGAGAACCUGGCAACAACCGGUACUCAUUCAAAUUCAUCAGUGGCCUUUUUAGACAAGCUAACAACGGCUAUUACAUGAUUACUCGGCCAUCUGCUGGCGUCCCUGGAAGGAUCAUGUCUCUUCUGACUCGCUUGCAUCGCGAGGACGGAAGUCAUUUCUUCUUCGUCAAGCCCCAAGGGCUUUCUGCCACUUCAUAG